AGAGAAGGGUCUUGGAAACUUCAUGGAAAAUCAGAACCAGCUUUGCAUUAACUACACAAAGCACCUAUAAAUACAAUCACGAGACGAGAAAACAAAAGUAACAAGAAACAUUAACAUAACACAGAGCUCACGAGAUUCAAUAUCAAUGGCAAACAUCUUCCUCAUCGCCAGUGGAUCAAGAAGAACAAAACGAGAAAUGAAAUCAAAGAAGAGAUCAAACUCCAAUCCCAGUAGUUCCAACUCAGACAAUAGCUUCUCAUGCAAGAAGCACACGAAACACAGACAGUCUCCUGGAGUAUGUUCCUUAUGUCUCACCGAGAGACUCUCUAAGGUAUCUCUAGAGUACAAUGAGUACACUAAAAACGCAGCUCAAACGGCCUCGUCUUACUGCUCAACAGCAUCAUCUUCCACAUCUGUCUCGUCUUGUUACUCUUCUUCUUCGGUCUCUUCUUGUUCGUCUCCAUUGCAAUAUCGGUAUAGAGAGAAGAAAAAGGAUGGGAAGAAACACAGCUUGUUCAGAUUAUUGCUUGGAUCCAUCGUAGAUUAGUUUUUAGUUUAUUUUCAAAAGUUUUUUAUUCAUACUACUAGUAUAUUCCUUCUAUGUAUUCAUUUUUGGUCACUCGGAAAAUGCAGAGAAUCAGCAAAGUUGGGUAAGACUAUAAAUAACAAAAUUGUACUUUCAAUAUUUUUAAUCUUAUGGUGACCCAAUAAAGGAAGUAAAAUUUUACAUAUCUUUUUAAAAUGCUAGUUUAUUAUAGAGUUAUAAUUGUUAGAGAUCAGAUAGUAUUACAAGAACUCUAGUACACAA